GACUGUCUCGGACUCGAUCUCCUGGCCGGAUACGCGAUGCCAAUCCAUACCCCGCCCGAAUCCAGGCCGGCGAGCGCUAUGUGCUGCUUUUCUUGAACCUGUUGCAGAAGCUCGUGCGCACCGACACCAUCCAGAACAUUCUGGUGAUCAUCGACGAUAUGCUUCAGAAGGAUAGCGAGCGAGCAUCGAUCUUCUUCAAGAUUGCAGAGCAGGCCAAUGACUCGAAUCUGCCGUACGCUCCCUUUGUCAAACUCCUCAAGAAGGACGACGAGUAUCUCCAGCUGAAGGCUGCCAAGAUUGCAACGUUCUUGCUGCUUGAGCAAACGACGCCCGUCAAGUACGAUCCGUCGGAACUGUUCGCGUGGACUAUCAACCAGAUGAGCGCGCCCAACCAGAACGUCGUCGACAUUGCUGUGCAACUGGUCCAGUCGCUCCUCUCAAUUGUCAACUACCGGCCUCUGUUCUUCCAGACCCAGCGUGGUGUUAGCAGCCUGGUCGACAUCUUGAAGCGAGGCAACCCCAGUGCGCAGAUGCAGUAUCAAGUCAUUUACAACUUCUGGCUGUUGUCCUUUGACGAAGAUGUCGCCGCGGAGAUCCAGAGAAAGCAUGACAUUGUGCCCGUCAUGAUUGAUAUUGCCAAGAGUGCCAUCAAGGAAAAGGUUGUCCGAGUCGUCAUCUCCACGUUUGUGAAUCUGCUUGUCAAGGCACCGGAGGAGAACUUGAUGGCCAUGCUGGCCCACAAGGUGCUCAAUCUCUCUGAGACCCUCAGCUCGCGCAAGUGGUCGGACACCGAGAUUGCCGACGAUCUGGAGUUUAUCAAGGAAAAGCUUCAGACCAACGUCGCCAACCUCAGCACCUUUGACGAGUACUCUGCCGAGGUGCGAUCGGGGGCCCUGAGCUGGUCGCCCCCCCAUAUUUCGGAGCAGUUCUGGAAGCAAAACGCAUCGCGACUGAACGACAAGGACUUUGAACUCCUGAGAAUGCUUUCGAGGCUGCUCGCUACAUCUGCCAAUCCGGUCGUCCUUGCUGUCGCCGCGCACGAUAUCGGCCAGUAUGUCAAGUAUGCGACCAACGGCAAGAGGCAUGUGCAGGAGAUCGGCGCCAAGACACAGAUCAUGGAGCUCAUGGCGCACGAGAACCAAGAUGUGCGCUACCAGGCCCUUCUGGCCGUCCAGAAAUACAUGGCGCACGCAUGGGAGUACUGAGGACUCUGUCGGUGCCACAUGGGGCCGAGGGCGAUAUCUUUCGCUCUGAAGUGCCUGAUCUCGCUGUGCUGAAUGCUGCUCGCCGCCUUUGGGGCGUCUACGUUCAUUCGCAUCUGA